UCAGGUGGUCCCGUCAAAGUACCACAAAUAAAAGAUUUUUUCCUGAUUGCCUACUAAGCGCUAGCUGGGACCACAGAUGUUUAUACGUUGUUAGAUACUUCUGUCGUCGCUGAUUUGAUUUUAGUUAGUUUGAAGCGCCGUAAGUGUGAGGUACAUUUGAAUAGCUGACAAGGUCGCGCGUUACCUAUGUAAACAAAUAUUUUGAAAACAUUAUUUUGUCUGCUUCUGAUGUUUGUCAAUUAUAUUGAGGUGCGUGUUAUGUUUGUUUAGUAUCAUAAAUUAUAAGAUUGAAUCAUGAACCUGAAUAAAAUAACUUCAGAUGAGGUCUAUGCUUUUUUGGACGAACUUCCUUCAGAUAUUGACUCAUUUAGUUCAGAAGCUCCAUCCGUAGAUGAUUUGGAGGAAAUCGAUAUUGACGACCUGGAGGACCAAGACACCAAUGAUCUUAUUGAAAAUAUUGAGCCCACAGAAAAUAUUAUCGAUAAUGAACCUAUCCAGCAUACAGUUAUUGCAAGCAGUAAAAUAAAUUAUGAAUUUGAUAGCGAAGAUGAACUUCCUCUAAUAAACUUUGCUACAAGACCUUUCGAAUGGACUGAAGAUGGAAAUUGUGCUAAUAAACCACAUUCGUUAAGGCAAGAUGUGGGCCCAAGUGUUUCUGUUGAUGCUGAGAGUCCUACCGAUGUUUUCCUUCAAUUGUUCACCCCGGACCUCAUUGAUAUUCUGAUAUUUCAAACAAAUUUGUAUGGAACUCAGCGGUACGGCGAACGGUUUCUUCCAACAGACGCAGAAGAAAUGAGAUGUUUCCUGGGUAUAAAUCUUAUGAUGGGUCUUACGAAGAAAUCGAGUUAUAGAGAUUAUUGGUCCUCUUCAAUACAGAUGAAGGAUCCAUAUAUUUCUUCGAGCAUGUCUCGUGAUCGAUUUGACUGGCUCUUGAGCAAUAUACACUUGAACGACAACACAGUUCAACCGAAAAAGGGUGAGGCUGGCUUUGAUAAAUUAUAUAAACUCAGACCGUUAAUUGAUAUUCUUCCAAAAACUUAUUUGGAGAGUUAUAAACCCAACGAACACCAAAGUAUAGAUGAGUCAAUGGUGAAAUUCAAAGGCCGAAUUGGGUUCCGGCAGUAUAUGCCUAUGAAACCGGUCAAAAGAGGAUAUAAAAUCUGGAUACGGGCAGAUCAGUCGGGAUUCGUAUCGCAAUUUCAAGUCUAUACAGGGAAAUAUGAUGGAGUUCAAGAGAGCUUAGGCUCAAGAGUGGUGAAAGAUUUGACCCGUCCGCUUGUGGGCAAGUACCAUAAGGUAUAUUUUGACAACUUCUUCACAACUAUCCCUUUGUUACGUGAUUUGUUGAAGGAAAAUAUUUAUGCUUGUGGCACAAUCAGGAAAAAUCGAAAAGAAGAACCCAAAGACAUAACAAAUAAUAAAGAUAAAAUGCUUAGAGGUACUAGUCUCUGGAAGAUAAGUAAGGAAGGAAUAUUUUAUCUAAAGUGGAUGGAUAAUAAACCUGUAUUAUUUUCAAGUAAUUUUCAUGGUCCUGAUGAUGUCCAAACUGUUUCUAGAAAACAAAAAGAUGGUUCGUCUCAAAAUAUUGCAUGUCUUCAGCUCGUGCACGAUUAUAAUGCUCAUAUGGGGCACGUGGAUCAAUCUGAUAUGUUCUUAUCUUUAUAUAAAGUGAAUAGGAAAUCAAGAAAAUGGUGGCACCGAUUGUUUUGGCACUUUUUAGACUUGAGCAUCGUCAAUAGCUUCAUUAUAUUCAGAGACCGGUCACCCACAAAAAGUCUAAAUUUGAAAGAUUUCAGGCUAGCUGUAGCCGCAGGACUCAUCGGUGCUGAUCCAGCAAUACCUAAAAAAGGCAGAAAAAGUUUGGAGGAUGUUCCAAACCACUAUAAGAGAUCAGUUCCACCUGAAAUAAAGUAUGACAAAUGUGCACAUAUGCCUAUUCAUGGUACAAAAGUCAGAUGCGCACAUUGUAGUUCACGUUCGGAGCCCCACCGAACAAGAUGGCACUGCUCCAGUUGUAAUGUCGGACUUUGUUUGACCGAAAAGUCUAACUGUUUUCUCAAAUUCCACCAAAAAUUUUGAUUUUUUUCAAUUAGAUUUUUCUCAAG